GUUAAAUGAAUGUUCCUAUAAUAUGCACAGUCUUGUCUGAAUAAUUGUUUGUCUUUGGUACGGUAAUUGGAUUCAAUAUAAUUUAUUAGAAGACCAGCACUCGGAUCACAAAUUAUUGUGAGUGAUAUAACAUUGGUUAAAAUACAUUGAUGAAAUAUUAAGGGCAGGUUUAGUAAUGAGUAAGGUAAUGUUGUUCAGUUUCAAAUUGGCUCAGUAUAGCGAAUACGGUAUGUUAGUAUACUUUAAGGAAAAGAGAGCUUGAGCGACUUUCAAUUAUCAUUUGGCAUAAGCGUGUCUGAUUUUGGCAUACACAUGUCGCAUUCUGGCAUAAUCGUUCAUAUCAUAAGGAAAAGUAAGUUUGCUUCCACACGAGGUACUUGUUCCUUGUCUUGAAUGUAAUUGUAUCCAUGUAACUAAUCGUGUAUCUUAAGAAGUAUGAUGGGAUAUGUCGGGCUCGUUCCAGACAUUAUGUAAACAAUCUUCUCACAGAAUCUCUUCCACAUUGCAUUCCAAAGGAGGUUGAUCUAUGCAAUGUAAUUCUUAGCAGUUUGUGUGUAAUCUAUUUUGGGAAAUCUUCUACAGAAGUGGGAAAGUACCUCUUGUGGAAUUCGGCUGUAAAUGGUGAGGCAAAACGUCUUGAGAAACAGAAUCUAUUACCUUAGAGGCAAAGCGCAGUUUGAAAGUCAAUAUCAGUGUAGUAGACUAAAUGUCUGGGUAUAAAAUGUGAACAAAUAUGACAGGGGCCACAUGAUGGAUUGCGGGUUUUAAGAAAGAUAAGAGCAGGUUAGCGAGAGCAAGAUAGAAAAGUAAGAUGGGUUUGGAAAGUGGAGGAAAGUUUAAGAUCUGAAGAAAUGGAAUUGUGUAGAACUUUGUACAAUUAGAAAUUAGAAAAUAAAGUGAAGAAGAAAAUUAUAUAAAGUCUCGGCCUUAAUGUUUAGGAACUUUAGAUCCGUUUACCAAUUAGGAACACCAAUGACAUUGAUCAUAAAAGACUUUAAGUAUAAUGAACAUUUGGUCAAGAAGAACAUUGGUGGUCAUUUUAAAUUAACGGACAUUGUGCCUUAAACGCAGUAGCAAGAGAUACAUAAAACAACCUUUACCACCUGAGAACACCAGGUUAUGGCAAUGCAAGUUGAUCCCCAAAGGGUGGAAACAUCUGUAUCUGAAGCCGAAAAGGCACGAUACAUUAACCUUGUCAAGGAAGGAUUGAGAGGAAUUAGACCAAACGCAAAUGAGGUUUCAGGUUACCACUUCUUGCGCAUCAUCUCAGGCGCAUGGGGAAUCGCUACUACUGGUCUCCUAGCGUACGAGACCGGAGAAAUGAUAUAUGCAUCGUUCAACGACGCAUUAAAACAAUAUAGAAUCAACGAUAGUAAACAACAAAUAAUUUUCAGAGAAAUUCUGAAAAAGGAACCGGGCCAAAAAAGGAAAAGAACAGAUGUGAUCGACAAUCUGGUAACAGAGGCCAAAUUCCCGGACAAACCGGAAAACAUACAAGAACUCGGAAGAAAGAUUUACUUCCCCUCACCCGAAUAUACUGGAUCUGACGAAGAAACCCGGGAACUUCUCAAAAGGGCUUUGGACAAGUCCAAGGAAGACGCCUAUGGAGUAGGAGACCUCGUCAAGGUCUGGAAUCCGAUAAACAUCAAAGAGAAAAGUCUUCUGACAGAAAAUAGAAGGCUACCCACUCGGGAUGCUGGACUGUUGAUUUGGACAGCACUGAACGUUGGUCCGAAACUAAUACAACGAGGAGGCAGAGUCCUCGAAGAAACGGCACCCUUACUGGAGAAGCUGAAAGCCCUCAAGUCUGCUGCAAUUCUAAGCAACAUUAGUUGCCACAGGAGAGAAAAUGUAGUAUACCAGAAAAGCCCAAGCAUCUCUGGUAAAACAAACAUAGCGCCCUACCUAGCAUGGUUAGCGGCAAGGACCAUGAAUCUAUCUGACGGCGAGAAGAUGAACAUGAAUAAAUCGAAUGACCCGGCAGGUCUUCUUAAAUGCAUCAGCAUCCUGAAAGGAAAUCAGGCGGGAGUAGGUCACAAGGGAAAGCAGAAUGGAAUUGUGUAG